UUGCUCGUUAAAGCGUCAAGUGUUGUCUGGACGGAUUGACACCCGUACUGCAUGCAUCGCAUUUUGAAAGGCACAUCCGUCUCCAGACUAGCCCUUGGCCCCGGCCCUUCCCGCCAUAAGAAUGACCUCCUCGCCCUAUGGCUCCCGCGCCUCCAUCGACAUCCUGGAGGAACUGCAGCUGAUUGCUGCACAGAACCUGGAAAAACUGGACAUCCACAAAUACUAUGAGGUGGUCCGUGAACUGGGCAAGGGCACGUAUGGAAAAGUGGACUUGGUCAUCCACAAGAUCAGAGGCACAAAAAUGGCCCUGAAGUUUUUGAGGAAAAAGUCCACCAAGCUGAAGAGCUUCCUGAGAGAGUACAGCAUCUCCCUCUACCUGUCACCUUGCCCGUUCAUCAUCAACAUGUAUGGCAUCGCCUUCGAAACGGACGAGUACUACAUCUUUGCUCAAGAAUACGCCUUAGCAGGAGAUCUCUUUGACAUCAUUCCUCCCCAGGUGGGACUCCCUGAGACAGUGGCAAAGCGCUGUGUCCACCAGGUGGCCAUCGCUCUAGACUACCUGCACUGUAAGAAGCUGGUCCACAGGGACAUCAAGCCCGAGAACAUCCUCAUCUUUGACAAAGAGUGUAGAAAGGUCAAGCUGUCAGACUUCGGCAUGACACGACGUGCCGGGUCUCCAGUGAAGCGUGUCAGCGGUACAAUCCCGUAUACAGCGCCCGAGCUGUGCGACACCUCGCGGCAAGAGGGUUUCUUUGUAGACUACAGCACGGACGUGUGGGCAUUCGGCGUGUUGCUCUUCUGCAUGCUAACAGGAAACUUCCCCUGGGAGAAGGCCAUGCUGAACGAUGUCUUCUACGAAGAGUUUGUCCGCUGGCAGCGCCGCCGGACAGUCGCGGUGCCUUCGCAGUGGCGCCGCUUCACAGAUGAAGCUCUACGAAUGUUUCGCAGACUCCUCUCAAUCGAGCAGGACCGCCGCUGCUGCGUCAAGGAAGUCUUUAGCCACUUCAGCCAGUGCUGGAUGUUGGAUGUGGAGAAUGAGAACAGUAACAGCGGAGGUUUAGCAAGCACUGUUCCUCCUCUGGACAUCAGCUUGUCCUCCUCUGAAGAGGACAUGUUGGUGGACAGGCUGAAGCAGCAGAGCCUGUCACCUGCUUGUGUGGUGGCAAAGGGGAGCGUCCUGAUGGAUACCCACUACUCCUCCAUGUCCACGAACAGCUCGCCGUCCUCCACCGGCAGCUAUGAGCAGGUCAGCAGAGAAACCAGCGAAAGAGGACGCAUCCUGGUGGCCACACCUAUCGAGAUCUGCGUGUAGAGGUUGCAAAUGCUGAUUUACAGGCCAGUUGCUCACACAUGAGGCUGGAGUUUGCUGAAGGGCAAGAUUUGUCAGUAAAACUGUGAGCAAGAGGAGAAAAGUGGCAGGUGGCUCACGGCAUUAGUCUGAUAUUCAUUAUAGCUUCACUACGGAUUUACUCAUUUCUGAUGAAGACAAACUGAGGAAACGGCCAGUGAGCCAAUCACACACUGUAGCAUCCUGUGUGUGUGGCUUAUAUUUCAGUUGCUGAAAUAUUUCAAGACAUGAACUCCCUGACAACCUGUUAAGGAAACACUGAAGGUGUACAACCAAAAAAUAAUAAUAAUGCACAAGCAUUAUGCUUAAGUUUGAAAUAAUCCACUUCAUAAAUAAAGUCUGAUGGGUUGUCCAUAAAAGCAACCCAUAGGUGUCUGUACUGUUGGAUGUUUAUUGUAGUUACCAUUUUCACGUUUGGUAGAUAUGUUUUUUGUAAAGUUUUAUUUUUAUUUGGUUAAAUUAUUUGUCAGAUGCAUAUAUUUGAUUGAAGUGGCACCAGAGGUCUGAAGACUGCAUUUUUUCCUGAGAAAUAGAAGUAAGAUUACUUACAUUUUGAAUUAGUCUACAUAAAAAAAAAAAAACUGUAAAUGCAGGCCACUUUGGCUUUCAGUUUUUAUGUUAUGUUGUUGUUGUUGUGAUGUCUUAUAAAAGUAAAUGUACAUUCACCAUUUUUCUCACCCAGAACUGUUUUCAUUUUAGCCUGUGAUGCCUAAACCCACCAUAUACUGUAGUAGCAAUCAAAAAUCCAAGCAGCUGAAAAUGUACCUCCAUUGUUGGCAGUAGGGGUUAAUAAGGUUUCUUAACUUUCUAGCCAGACCUCCUAUUAAACCGCUGUAUACUGGGACCAUUACUGAAUACUGCUGCAGCACAGUUAACAAUGGGAACAUUUAAAUGGCUUUAGAAUCAUUUUCAAGGUGAUAAAGUGCAGAUUUCCUCUUGUUUGUGAUCAUAUACAAUCAUCAGUUUGGUAAUCUGACAGUGAGGAGUAAAGGCAUAAAAACAUUUCUUUUUGCAUGGUUAAUAAAAGUGAAAAUACCUUUAAACUAGCAGUUAUCUAACAUGUGGCCUACUUUGACUUUUUUUCUGAAAAAGACUAGAUACAGAAGAUAUCCUAAAUAUAUCUACUGAAAUGUUUUUUUCAACAUGAGAAUAAUAAAUGCAGUAUUGUAUCUGGAGAUAGAGCUGUCUCAAUUUGUUCCACAUUUUUGCUGUAUGAUUUCUUAGAAACUCAUUAAAUGUGAAAUAGGGUAGACAAAUGAGGGAAAACACAAGACUUGGGUUACAACAUUUCAGAAGUCUCUCUUUUUUUCAGAAUUAUUGCAUGAAUAUUUCUGUGGUGAAAAUUUGAUGAAAUAAACACCCUGAGAAUUAAAA